AUGCCCAAGGUCGCAAAGAAAGACGCCAAAGUGUCAAAGCGUGGCAAGAACGAGGAAGUCAAGAAGAGGAAGAGAAAGGCCAAGAAGGACCCCAAUGCUCCCAAGAAUCCUAUGUCUGCCUACCUCUUGUUCUGUGAGGAAUGGCGCGAGAAGGUGAAGGCUCAAAACCCUGAUUCAUCCUUCGGUGAGAUCGGACGUCUUCUCGGAGAGCAGUGGAGGGCAUACACUGAAGACCAGAAGGCUCCUUACGUUGUAAAGCACGAGAAAGCCAAGGCCAAGUAUGCCACCGAGAAGGCUGCCUACGAUGCUAAGAAGGCCCAGGAUGACGAGGAGGAUGAGGAUGAGGAAUCUGAUUAA